GCGGCGGGCAGAACGGCGCUGAAACACGCCGGAGACCCUCGCUGGAGCACCGCAUGGGGGCUGCGUCAUCCGCAGGCUCUCUCGCUCGCUGGCUGCCAUGAGGCUGUCCUUUUGGCAACUAAUUCACCAUCCAUUCUGCCCCCUUGCUCCGCUGCCACCUUCAUCCCUCGUGGUCUCACUCUCUCCUGCUCGAUCCCCCCAUUCUCCCCGUUCUCCCCCUCCAAUCCUCCCCCUCUCCGCAUUGCCUUGAAGCCUUCCCUCCGCCGCUGAGGGGCCACGCGGCACCAUGCACAGCAUGCAGCGCCAGUUCGGACGCCUGAUGAAGAGGUCCGCCGACGAAAGCCAGGUGGCCAUUCUUCUGAAGGACUUCGAAGAAGCAGACAAACUCUUGGGCAAGAUCGUCGAUUCCACCAGCGCCUGGCGCGACGCCUGGUCGUCCAUCCUGUCGCACCAGAAUCGCAUGCUGGCCGAGUUCGAAGGCCUCUAUGCUCCUAUCGUUGGUUCCUCCGACGCCUCGGCCGUCGACAAGGCCGUUCCGACACCGGAAGCCACGUUGGCUCGAACAAACCACCUUCGGGAGCAAUAUGAGGAUUUGCGGAAGGAUCUCCUGGGUGAACUCGCCGCGGUGGAUGAACGGAUGAUUAGACCCGCCUCGCAGGCCAGGGAAUUCAUGAGUCCGGUGAAGAAGACGAUCAAGAGGCGCGAUGAUCGAAAGUUGGACUUUGAACGCUACCAAAGCCGCGUCGACACCUACAACAAGAAGACAAGGAGAUCAGACCGUGAUAACGCCGCCCUCGUCAAGGCCGAGAGCGACCUCGAGCGAGCGACAGCGGAAUACCACGCCGCGGACGAACGCCUGCGACAAUGUCUCCCGCCUCUAAUCGCGGCGGUCUUCUCACUCCUCCCCCAGUUCCUCGCUGCCCAGAUUGAGAUCCAGAACUCCAUGCUCGCGCACUACUACACCGUAGUCCUCAACUACUGCCAGGACGAGCGGUUCCCCUCCCCACCCCCACCCAUGGACCAGGUCAUCCAGGAAUGGGAACGCGCCUGCCUGCCCGUGCAGCAAGAACUCGAGGAAUUCAGCUGCAUCAUCCACGGCCGAACGGUGCUCAUGUCCGAAGCUACGGACGACCAGCGCUCUCGCACGCGCUCGUCCAGCCGUCCAGCCUCCAGCUACCGGCGCUCAUCCAGUCGUCCGGCCCAAGAACCCAGCUUCCGACGCUCCUCCAGCAGCCACGCGCCCCCGCGGCGCCCCAUCUCCCCCAUCCCAGCCAUGCCCCCAAACCGACUCCCCAUUCCCCCCAAGCCCGUCUUCGACACCAAACCCUCCCCCGUCUACGACACCAAACCUUCCCCCUCCCCCUCCUACCUCUCCCAACCCUCCAAUUCCUACUCCCCCUCCCCGGCCACCCCAUCCUCCUACAAAACCGCCCCUUCCCCCUCCCCGGCCCUUUCCUCCUCCAUCGCCGCCCGAACAGACUACUUCUCCCGCAACCAAUCCCAACCCACCCUCUCCAAGUCCACCUCCCAUUCCACCCUCCAACAAUCCCCCUAUCAACCCACCCUAAUCCAAGCCGCCACCACGGUAGCAUCCCCAAGCGUCUCCGCCUCCUCCCUCAUCGCCGCCUCCAAAAAGAAGCCUCCGCCGCCGCCUCCGCCGCGCGCACACUCCAAUGCUCCUGGUGCGGUGUACGUGACCGCCGUGUACGACUUCGAUGGCGAAAGCGCAGGUGAUCUCGCGUUCCGGGAGGGCGAUCGUAUCAGGGUGCUCAAGAAGACAGACAGUACGGAUGAUUGGUGGGAGGGGGAGGUCAGGGGACGGAAGGGGAGCUUUCCGGCGAAUUAUGUGGAGUGAGUGUGUAUGUCAGAUGUUUUGGUGGUGCUCUGUUAGGAGGGGAGGGGAGGGGAAGAGAAAGUGGAAGGAGGGAGGGUCUGUGUUGGACGGGACGUGAGGAGAGAGGGACGGCUGUUGAUGUUUAUACUAUUAAUGUUGAUAUUGGUUGUUCUUGCAUGAGGGAUGGAUAAUGAUAAUGCAUGUCUCAUGUCAUGUCAUGUCAUGUCAUCCACCCAUCUGGUGUUUGUUUUCCUAUUCUUUAUAUCUUGUCUAUCCAUUCAUCUAUAUCUAUCCAUCUAGAU